AUGUCUACAGAGGCUUCAUCACAAACCAAGGCCAAUGGUACCCCUGUCAAGGCACCACAAUUCGCCCUGUCCUCUCGGAUGGCCACCGGUCGAGCCAUGUCUCUCGAUGUGUGGUCCGUUUUCAAGUACGGUACUUCCUGUUGGUCUUGUUUAGUUAUGCUAACAGAGCUCGUUAAUAGCGCAGCGAACCUUCCCGAGGACUGUAUAAACCUGGGACAAGGUUACAUGAACUUCGCUCCGCCUCAAUGGGUAAAGGAUGCUGCAGACGCCGCACUGAACACUGUGGCCGGAAAUCAUUAUUCUCAUCCUAAAGGGCGCAUUCGUCUUCGUGAAGCGGUCCGUGACUUCUAUUCCAAAGAGUUUAAUCGCACUUUGGAUGUGGAGAACGAGAUUUUGAUCUCAAGUGGCGCAAAUGAAGGGCAGUACUCCGUAUGGGUGGCUUGGCUAGAACCCGGAGAUGAGGUGAUCCUCUUUGAGCCUUACUUUGACCAAUACCUCCCAUCCAUUACAUUCAAUCACGGUGUACCUGUCUACGUUCCUCUGCACCCUCCACCAGACUUUAAGAAUAAUCCAACAUCGGAUGAGUGGAAGAUUGAUUUUGACGAGCUUCGCCGGGCGAUCACUCCCAAGACAAAGAUGAUCGUUGUCAACACGCCACACAAUCCGAUUGGAAAGGUGUUUACGGAAGAAGAACUCCAGAAGAUCGCCGAUUUAGCAAUCGAACACAACCUGAUUGUUAUGUCUGAUGAAGUGUACGACUCUCUCCUCUUUGAUGGUAGACCACAUGUGCGGAUCGCCAAUCUCCCGGGCAUGUGGGAGCGAACCAUCACCGUCGGCUCGGCUGGCAAGUCCUUCGCAUGCACAGGGUGGCGUGUUGGAUGGCUCAUUGGUCCACAAUCACUUAUCGGCCCUACACUUGCUGCCCAGACCCGUAUCGUCUUCUGCACCAACUCUCCCCUACAGGAAGCUGCGGCCUGUGGCCUCGAACAGGCUGAGCAGAGGGGAUACUUUAAGAAACAGAUUGAAGAGUACACCGAAAGAAGGGACGUACUUGUCAAGUACUUUGAUGAACUAGGUCUCAAUUAUUCGUUACCGUACGGAAGUUACUUCAUCCUUGUGGAUGUCAGCAAAGUUGAGAUACCAGAGGAUUAUCCUUUCCCCAGCACAAUAAUUGGGCGGGGUAGAGACUUCUAG